AUGCAGCCUCCCUCUGGCAGUUGUGCCUCAGCCAACAGACCAGGCAGGCCUUGCAGACUCUUUCACUUCCAGUCAACGAACACGAAGGCUUUAGUCAAGUUGCAGAUUGUCCAGUUUCCAUCCACUCAAAUCAACCUGUUCUCUUGCACGUCGAACAAUUUCCCUGGUUUCUUUUUCCGUGGUAGCUAUUCCAUCUGCCGCAAUGGUCUGCAAUAUUCCCACUUUUUUGUGCCUUCAAUCGUAGCUGGCCUGUCCCGAACUUUCCCCCCCCCAGUGCCUUCAUAA